AUGGCAGGGACGUGCCACUUUGACACUGAGGGCAGGAACAUGCCACCAAUGGCAGGGAUGUGCUACCUCAACACUGAUAGCAGGGAUGUGCCACCGACUGAAGGGACGUGCCACCUAGACAAUACCAUCAACAUCAUGUCUGUUAAGACUCAGGAGGUACUUGAUGUCCAAGAGAGGACCUUGAGUCUGGACCAAGACAAACAGAAACCUCUGCUGAUAAAAGAAGAACCGGAUGGACCAGAACUUCCAGAGAUCAAAGAGGAAAAGGAGCCAGGACAUCUACAGAUCAAUGAAGAAGAGGAGGAGCUGAACAACAGCCAGGAUGAAGAGCUGCUGGAGCCGAAGCAGGAGGCUGAUACUGUCAUGGUGACUGUUGACUUUGAGGAGAGCGAUCCGAGCGAACCAGAACCAAAUAUAGACCAGUCGGACUCUAACUCUCUUGAAGCUGAGAACCAAAACCACAAAGGAAGCAAAGCUAAAGGCUCCAGAUCCAGCAGAAACCAGAAGCCAAACCCAAAGAAGAGACAACAUAAGACAAACUGUCUUGUAGACAACACCAGCAAUUCAAAAGAGCAGAAACCCGCCACAGAGAAAACACUGUACACGUGUGAAGUCUGUGGGAAAGCUUUCACUCGGAACAGUAACUUAACUUUCCACAUGAAAACUCAUACAGGUGAGACUUCGUACACAUGUGAUAUGUGUGGGAAAAGUUUUACCCGGAACAGCAACUUAACCAAUCAUAUGAGGUUUCAUGCAGGAGAGAAUCCAUACGCCUGUGAAGUAUGUGGGAAAUCUCUAAGUGACAAUGCCAGUUUAACUUCUCACAUGAGAACUCACACAGGUGAGAAACCCUUCCUGUGUAUGACCUGUGGAAAAAGUUUCAGCGCAAGAGGUAGUUUAAUUUCUCACAUGAGAACGCACACUGGUGAGAAGCCUUUCCCAUGUCAGACCUGUGGGAAAAGUUUUGUUGUGAAGAGUCAUUUGAUUACUCAUGUGAGAAUUCAUACAGGAGAGAAACCAUACUCAUGUCACAUCUGUGAAAAGGGGUUUGGAUCAAGAAGUAACUUGAUGACUCACAUGAGAACUCAUUCAGGUGAGAAACCUUUCCCUUGUUUGAGCUGUGGGAAACAUUUCACUGUAAAAAGUCAUUUAAUUACCCACAUGAGAACCCACACUGGUGAGAAACCGUUCCCCUGUCUGACCUGUGGAAGAAGUUUUAGUCUUAAAAGUCAGAUGAUUCUCCAUAUGAGAAUUCAUUCUGGUGAGAAACCUUUCCCAUGUCCUUUCCCAUGCCUGACCUGUGGGAAAAGUUUCAGAGAGAAAACAUAUCUGAGUGCACACAUGAGAACGCACACAGAUGAUCAGACAUUCCUGUGCGUUAUCUGUGGAAACAGCUUUAGCAGGAAGUGCAACCUGGACCGACACAUGAGAACACACACCGGUGAAAAACCAUACCCUUGUAAAAUCUGUGGCAAAUCCUUCAACCAUCAUGGUAGCCUGACUGUUCACAUGAGAAGACACACAGGUGAGAAGCCCUAUCCAUGCGUCACCUGUGGGAAAAACUUCAGUGUGAAAAGUUACCUGAUUAUUCAUAUGAGAUCUCACACAGGUGAGAAACCGUACUCAUGUCUGACAUGUAAGAAAAAAUUCAUUUUAAGAAGUCAUCUGACUCGCCACAUGAGAACUCACACGGGUGAGAAACCUUUUUGUUGUGGAACCUGUGGGAAAAGUUUCAGUGUAAGAAGUCGUUUGGCUGUUCAUGUGAAAACUCACCCAGGUGAGAAGCCUGUUUUAGCCAACACUCAAAAAAACUAA